GCUAGCUGCUACGUUGAAAAAACCAAGGUGUCUAAAGCUGUUAUGUGCAGCGGUAGGUUUAGGGUUGGGUUAGCGCUCCUCUGUGACUCAUGUAGCGUAGCAUGGUUAACAUGGGAGCUGGUUUAUAUCCAGUAAAUAGUCUCUUUGUUGCAGAAAAUGAAAACAGCUAGCUAACGUUUAUGUGCUGCUUCCUCGUUUUUCAAACCUCUUCUUGAGACUUCAAGCAUCCAGAUUGAACCAAAGGCAGGCUCAAAGGAGUUAUAAAUUCAUGGUCACUCCAGAAGAUGGAUUAACCAUCAAACCCCCUUUUUAAGCUGCUCCUAUCAUCCCUUAUUCCCUGCCCACAGUCUAUUGAGCAGGCAAGAUGCAGGGUAACAGACCCCCAACCAAACAGUCGCUCAGGGACCUGUUUUCGCCGUUCCGCAACCGGCAGGAGCGGGUGGUGCUGGCCCGGAGCGAGAGCCUGCCGGGGGAGCAGGUGCUGAAGAUAACGGUGACGGAAACCACCAUGAUUGAGACGGAGUCCGGCGUGUGGAACUGGCGCUCUAUGUCCUACCUGGGUCUCUGGUACUUCUUCAGCUUCUGCACCCUGUUUCUCAACAAGUAUAUCCUGUCUCUGCUGGAGGGAGAGCCAAGCAUGUUGGGUGCGGUUCAGAUGAUGUCCACCACCAUCAUAGGCUGCCUGAAGAUGUUCAUUCCCUGCUGCCUCUACAAGCACAAAUCCAGAUCUGAGUACCCAGCCAACUUCAUCAUGAUCAUGCUGUUUGUUGGGCUGAUGAGGUUCACCACUGUGGUUCUGGGAUUAGUGAGUUUGAAGAACGUGGCGGUGUCGUUCGCUGAGACGGUGAAAAGCUCGGCGCCCAUAUUUACUGUAAUCAUGUCCAGGUUGAUCCUUGGAGAAUAUACGGGCCUCUGGGUAAACCUGUCCCUGUUUCCUGUCAUGGCCGGCCUGGCCCUCUGCACAGCCUCAGAGAUCAGCUUCAACAUGCUCGGCUUCUCCGCCGCGCUCUCCACCAACAUCAUGGACUGCCUGCAGAACGUUUUCUCCAAGAAGCUGCUGAGCGGAGACACGUACAGAUUCAGCCCCCCAGAGCUGCAGUUUUACACCAGCGCAGCAGCAGUCAUUAUGCUGAUCCCUGCCUGGGUGUUCCUGCUGGAUUUUCCAGCUGUGGGAAAAGGAGGGCAGAGGUUCUUGUUCAGUCAGGACAUUAUCUUGUUGCUGCUGUUUGACGGCGGCCUGUUCCACCUGCAGAGCGUCACCGCCUACGCCUUGAUGGGGCGCAUUUCCCCCGUCACUUUCAGUGUCGCCAGCACCGUAAAACAUGCGCUGUCGGUUUGGCUGAGCGUCAUCGUGUUCAGCAACCAGAUCACUAUCCUCAGCGCCACCGGCACGGUCCUCGUCUUCAUCGGAGUCUUCUUGUACAACAAAGCGCGUCAGUUCCAGAGGGAGACCCUGCAGGCCAUGGCUGCUGAACAGAGCAACAAACCAUUGCUGCGGGACCAGGAUUUCCAACCCUCACAGCCAAAGUGAGGAUUAAAAGCCUCACAUUCCAGUUAAAGACAGUCUUUAUGGAGAUGAGGUUAACCUGCGCCACCUGUCAGGCGAAGCUAUCUGCAUUCCUGUGGAACUAGACGAAAAGUAUUUCCUUACCACACUUCUUUGUUCCUUUUUUUUUGUAUGCGUGCAUUUUAAAGUUGUAAACUCAGGGAAUUGCUGCUCGGUUCUUCUGUGGUACAGCUGCUGCUAGACGCGCCACGGCUGCACCAUUUAAACUGUUGCAGGUGGUGCAGCCUCUGCCACGCCACCUGAUGCAACAUAAAGCUCAUUUGGAGUUUUGAUGUGUAAAAGAAAUAUUUGAUGCCUCAUUUCUUUUUUUUUUUGUUAAUAGUUUUUUCCUGCUUUGACACAUUUAAAGGAAAUGUGAAAUUAGAGAGCCAUGAUUUGCAUUCUAGGAAUGCUUCUGUCAUGUAAGUGUGUUUAUUUUUUCUCUUUAACUUACUGUAAGAAAAAUUACAAACAUACAUUCUGACCACAGUCAUGUUGGCUGUAGUGUCUGCACACAAAUUAAGGGUCUUGUAUAAUAUGUAUUUUAUUAAUCAUAUUUUUUAUACUCUUUAAUGAGGUUCUGUGACUAAAAAUGCAACUUGUGCUCAGAUUUACAUUAAGAGCUGACUGACUUGAACGUAAACAUUUUUUAUUGACGUUAAACCCUCUCAUCGCUGCUUUUUGUUAUAUUUUCACAUGUGUGCGCAUAAACAGCUGUUUUUUUUUUUUUUGUUCAAAACUGAUUUGCUUACAAUGAAUAACUAAUUGUAAACUGUGAUGAAGCGAUAAGAGGUUUUCUACUCUAAUGUAAAUAUAUCACUGUGGAUAUAAUAAUGUUUUGUCCUCCAUGGAAAAAUAAAAAACAAA